AUGCAAGGCGGAGGGCCGGCCUACCCGGGUGGCGGCAUCAAGAUGGAAACCGGCCAACAGCAGCCUGCUCCCCUCCUCCACGCCCCUCCGAAUUCUGCCCCCUCUUUCCUCUACCACCACCCCCCCUCCCCCUUUGGUCUUCACCCCGCCACCACUCCCGGCGGAGUGGCAUUCGGGCAGCAGCAGCAGCAGCAGCAGCAGACGCACGUCUCCAUGGGCGUGGCACCCGGAGGAGGAGUAGCAUCGCCCUUACAGCACCAACAGCAGCAGCUGCACCAGCAGCAGCAGCAGCAGCAGCAGGGGGUGCCGAUGCACGCGAUGCUGGGCGUACCGUCCCCCGGUGGUCAGCAGGCACUGUCUCCUCCGUCGACGGCCGCCGCCUUUAGCUCCCCGCACCAGCACCACCACCAACAGCUGCAGCAGCAGCAGCAACAGCAGCAACAGCAGCUCCUCCUCCAGCAGCAGCAGCAGCUCCAGCAGCAGCAGCAGCAUUUCGCGUCCCAAACGGCGCACAUGCAGCAGUUGAGGCAGGCGGGCGGGCUGCUGCUGGUGCAAUCGCCAGCGACAGUAGUAGCAGCAGCACCGGUGGCGGCGGCGGCGGCGGCAGCGCCUGGCGGCCCGGCGCAGCUGCAGGUGCCAUCGACGCUGGAGGGGUGCCAGCAGGUGCUGGAGGAGAUCUACAGCUACAAGCAGCAGCAGAAGGACCAGCUGGAGAAGAUCCGCCAGUUCCAGAAGCAGCUCAUGAUGCGGCCGCAGAAGGAGGGCUACGACGUCCUGCUCCAGCAGCACGCCCAGCUCAAGAACCAGAUCGCCGAGGAGCUGCGCACCCUGCAGGCCCUCUUCCAGCAGGUCAUCCUGCCGCCCGCCGAGAUCCACAAGCUCAUCUACCUCCUCCAGGACCUCAAGCUGCAGCAGAUCCAGCUCGAGCUCUUCCAGCAGGAGCUACAGCGCCUCACCCUCGCCCCCCACCACCCCCACCUCGCCCGCCCGGUGUGUGCGCUGGUGAUCGUGGAGCAGCCCCUUCCGAUGGUGGUCACCAAGGGCAAGCAGCUCGAGGACGACCCUGUCGUCGUGCAGCUCCUCACCGGGGCCAACGUGGAGAUUCAUUCGUUCUCGAAGGUCAAGGUGGCCAUGAUAUGCGACAACCAGCAGGUCAAGACCAACUCCUCGUCGUCGUCCAAGGCCAUCGAAAACGACACCCAGACUAUGGACGGGGUGCGUCGCAUCGCCAAGUUCUACCUCAAGUUCCUCACGGGCACCCGGAAGAACCCCGUACGGCUGCGGUUCGGGAUCCAGCUCCAGAUCAACCAGAACGGCGCCGCCCAGACCGUGACGGUGGAGAGCAACUCGUCGCGCCCCUUCAUCGUCAUCACCAACGAGUGCCAGUGGGAGGAGUCCGAGGGCAUCCUCCUCAAAAAAGGACGCCUUUGGCGAGCAGGGCGAGGUGACUUCGCGAACGUGCUGCAGAGGCACUUCCUGCGGGCCACGCGGCAGGACCUCAUCCGGCCCACGCGGCAACUGUCCGAUCUCGAUUUCGAGUACCUCAACCAGACCUUCUUCGAGGGGGUGCAGGUGAUCGGCCAAAAGAGCUACGACGCCUUCUGGGAGUGGUUCGGGAAGGCCGUGCAGAAGCUGCGCUACCAGCGACACAUCUGCCCCCUCUGGCAAACCGGCCUCAUCUACGGAUUCUUGACGAGGGAGGGCGUCAAGGCCGCCCUCAUCAACGAGGAAGUGGGCACCUUCCUCAUCCGCCUCAGCGAGAGGCACCCGGGCCUCUUUGCCGUCGGGUACAAGACGGACGACGCCGACGUGCAAAAGAGCGUGCGGCACUACCUCGUGCAGCCAGAGGACACCGCGGGAGCCAAGAAGACUCUGCCGGACUUCCUGUUCACCUGCCCCGCCUUCCAGUUCCUCCUCGUGGUGACCAGCGACGUGGAGAACGGCACCCCGAAGCUGCGCAAGUUCGCCAAGGACGUGGCCCUCCAGCCCUACUACUCCAAGAAGAAUCCGGUGGCCAAGGCCAAGGGCUACGACGACGAGAUCCCCAUCCCCAACAUGCUCAGCCCAUGA